AUGUCUUCAAGCGGUGAAUCUGACGAGGAGGUUGUGUUUCAAAAGAAGCCAAACGCCUUUAACUCACUUUUGGAUGAUGACGAUGAUCCUUCCAGUGAAGAUGAUGUGAAAGUUAAAGCUAAAAACAGUACCAAAACAAUCAAAGAGAGUCCCACAGAUGAUUCCGACAAAGCGGCUUCUAAACAAAAGGGGAAGAAGAAGAAGGGGAAGGCAGUGAAACAGGAGUCAGACGAUGACGAAUUCGAUAAACUUCUCGCAGAUUUAAAUUCUCUAGAUAAACCAGAGGCGAAAUCUGAAUCUGGUGUUGAAUCCAAAAAGGAUGAUGAUGAUAAAGAUGGUUUGAAUGAAGAGGAAGGGAAAGACGCACAGGAGGUUUCCUCUAAAACGCUCAAGAAUAAGUUGAAAAAGGAGAAGAAGAAGCAGGCGAAGCUCCAAAAGAAGGAGACUCAAGUUGAAGAGCAGGAGGUGAAGGCGGACACUCAGAAGAAGCCACUGUCCCAGGCGGCAAAAAUGGCCGCUGAGGUGCAGAAGAGGCUACGUGAAUUGGAGGAGCAGGCCAGGAAGGAAGAAGAGGAAAGAAAGAGAAUAGAGGAAGAACAGAGACGGAAAGAGGAGGAGGAAGAAAGAGAAAGGCUAGCCCAGCUAGAAAAGGAGAGACUGAGGAGGAAGGAGAAGAGAGAAAGGAAGAAGAAGGAAGGAAAGCCAGUAUCAGCAAAGGAAAAGGUCGCUGCAGAGAGAAGUAAGCUCUUUUUGGAGCAGUUUGGAAAAACGGUCUCGGUGGAGCAACAAAGUGAAGGGGUUAAGAAGCCAGCAGUCACAAAGAAGCCUAAGAAGCUCAAGUCAGCGCAAUUGGAAGAAGACGAAUCCACGGACUCGGAAGAUGAGCCUGCAGUAUCCUCGGAGCAAGAAGAUGGAAUGGGGAGCGAAUCGGACGUAGAUAACUGGGAAGAGUUGGAAGAGAAGGAGAAGAAGCCAAAAGUACAAAAACAGACAGUGGUCAAGUAUAAAAAGGAAAAUUUGAUGAAGAGCACCAAGAUUAAUAUUGUUUUAGACGUCAAUCAAGAUGACCACGACGAUGUGUACGAUUACAGGUCCCCGGUAUGCUGUGUGCUAGGGCACGUAGAUACAGGGAAGACGAAGCUGCUUGACAAGAUUAGAAGGAGUAACGUGCAGAACGCAGAAGCAGGAGGGAUAACUCAGCAGAUAGGAGCGACCUUCUUCCCGAAGGAGAUGCUGGAUUCGCACUGCCACAAGAUUGAUGAGGAUCUGUGUGUUAAGGCGCCAGGACUGCUUAUUAUAGAUACACCAGGGCACGAGUCGUUUAACAACCUGAGGGCCAGAGGAUCCUCGCUGUGCGACAUUGCGAUCCUGGUGGUGGACAUCAUGCACGGCCUCGAGCCACAGACUAUCGAGAGCAUUAACCUGCUGAAGGCCAGGAAGUGCUACUUCGUGAUAGCGCUGAACAAGGUGGACAGGAUCUACAACUGGAAGCCGAACCCGUGGAUGACCUUCAGAGAGUCCCUGGAGAAGCAGCCCUCAGAGUCGAAAUCGGAGUUUGAGGACAGGACGAACCAGAUCAUGCUCGAGCUCAGUGAGAAGGGACUCAACUCAAAGCUCUACUGGGAGAACGACAACAUAAAGAAGAACGUGUCAAUAUGUCCGACCUCGGCGAUCACGGGCGAGGGGAUAUCGGACCUGCUGUACCUGCUGGUGCAGCUGACGCAGCUGCUGAUGACAAAGAGACUGACCUUUUCCCAGAAACUGAAGUGCACAGUGCUGGAGGUGAAGACGAUAGAGGGACUGGGGGUCACCGUCGACGUGAUUCUGCUCGACGGAGUACUGCGCGAAGGAGACAAGAUCGUCCUGUGCGGGCUCUCGGGGCCCAUCGUCACGAACAUUAGAACUCUGCUGACGCCGCAGCCGCUGUCAGAGCUCAGAGUCAAGGGCGAGUACAUCAAGCACACCAUGAUCAAGGCGGCCAUGAGCGUGAAGAUCGUGGCCAACGGCCUUGAGGACACGGUCGCGGGCACGGAGCUCUUCGUGGUCGGGGACGCCGACGACGUCGACGAGCUCUGCAACGAGGUCAUGAGCGACAUGUCCUCGAUCUUCGACUGCAUCGACAGGACGGGCGUGGGCGUGUACGUCAUGGCCUCGACGCUGGGGUCGCUCGAGGCGCUGCUCCACUUCCUCAACGACAAAAAAAUUAAGAUCUUCGGGGUCAACAUUGGGCCCGUCCAGAAGAAGGACGUGAAGAAGGCCUCGAUCAUGCGCGAGAAGGGGCACCCCGAGUACUCGACCAUCCUCGCCUUCGACAUCAAGGUCACGCCCGACGCCGAGAAGGAGGCCGAGCUGCUCGGCGUCAAGCUUCUGACCGCCGACAUCAUCUACCACCUCCUGGACUCCUUUCUGGCCUACAUGGAGGCCAUGCAGGAGGCCAAGAAGCAGGAGCAGAUCCAGAACGUGGUGUUCCCCUGCGAGCUGACGAUCAUCCCGCACUGCGUCUUCAACAAGAAAAACCCCUUUGUCUUUGGAGUCCACGUCGACGCGGGCAUUCUAAAGCCUAACACUCCCCUCGUGGCGAUAACCAAGUCAAACCAAAUCGAUAUUGGUGUUGUCGCUAGCCUUGAGCAUAACAAGAAGCCUGUUGAGGAUGGGAAAAAAGGUCAAGAAAUUUGUAUUAAGGUUGUUGGCGAUCCUAACAUUGCUUUCGGACGUCAUUUCGACCACACUGCCAAGAUUUAUUCCAAAAUAACCCGUGACUCUAUUGACACACUAAAGGAGUACUUUCGUGAGGACGUUCCAAUGGACGGCUGGAAGCUCGUCGCGCACUUGAAGAAGGUUUUUAACAUCUUUUAA